AAGAAAGAUGAAAAUGGAGGGGUUCAGAGAUGAGAAACAUGGGAGAUUGCAGUAAAAAGAGGAGACAUGCAUAGUGAGAAGAAGGUGGGGGCGAGGAAAUCCUGCCUCCUUCCCAGGAGCAGACGACAUCGUCGGUGAAUUUAUUUUGUAAUCGCGAUCAGUUGGGUGCCUUUCUGAUAAGGAUCGGUAAUGCAUUGUUAUUCGCGAGAUGUUCUUCCUUCCCGCGAAGCCAUACUCGUUUUCUCCAACAUGAUCAAGCCGCUAAUGGCAUUCAUUAUAGAAUUUUAUUAGCGUUAGAUAUAAAGAGAGAAGGCCAGAGAGAGAGAUCAAGAAACGAAAAACUGUCGAUAAAACUGAUAUCGCACCGUAUCCUACUAGUAUAUUCGACUGAAUCUUGUGCACACGCACGUGAUGUGAUCAUAAUGCUUCAGUUUCCUUGGAGUGUGACUGUGUGAGCAGAAUUGCAACAUUGUAUAACGAGGCUCUCAAACUCAGCGACGGAUUCAACGAAAGCAUCCAUUUAUGUAACAUCUAUUGCUAGGUCGAUAAAAACUGCAGAUAAAGAAAGCCGUGUCUGCCCAUAUAGCCGAAUAGUAAUAUUGGUCUCAUUUCAAGGCGAGAAACCGCUUAGUUAAUUUGUCAAGAUGGCCUCUGCGGAAGGAGGAGGAGGAGGAGGGCUAACCCCUUUUGAACACCAGGCAAUGGGCGUGGUCCUUUCACUCGAGGGGGUAUUGGGUAUCACAGCUUCGCUCUACAUCCUGAUAUCACUGUUUAACAGCAAGGGGCGUGACCCUACCCAGAAGUCAUUGCGAACCAGCCUGGCUCUAGGCGACCUUGCCAUCGGCAUCAUGAGCCCUGUGGUUGCGGUGUCAAGUUUCUCCGAGGAGUGGGUUUAUGGUUCGAGCGGGUGCCAGUUCUAUGGAUUUGUGGCCAACCUGUUCGGCUUGAUCAGCAUCUGGAGUUUGGUUGCCAUGGUGCUUCAUCACUAUCAGAGCUCCAAGGUGGGAGCCAAACGAGAUGAAAUCAACCGCCGAUAUUCCAUGACAAUCGCCCUCAUCUGGGGCGGGGCGUUCUUCUGGUCGGCCACGCCCCUCCCAUUCGUGGGUUGGGGGCGAUACGUGGUUGAACCAUUCGGGACAGGUUGCCUCCUCGACUUCGCUGAUCGCAGUCCUAGCUAUUUCCUUUACUUGGUUGGAUUUGCAACUCUUGGACUCGCCUUCCCCAUCGCUCUCCUCAUCUCACGGGGUCUCAACUACGAAAAGGUCCCAAUCGAAUCAGUUAUUGCUUGCUGGAAGGCCGUUCUUGUUCUUUGCUUCUACUGGGGGUGUUACGGUCUCGUGGCCGUCGCGACGGCCCUGUCCGGUCCUGGUCGAAUCUCUGUUCGUCUCUUCGCCAUCGCCCCUCUCCUUGCCAAGACUUGCCCGAUCGUCAACGCGGUCCUGUUCGGCGAUUCGAUGAAUUAUUUGGAAGAGGCGACGACGACCAAAGAGCAGAAGAAACACUAGCUGAAUACAGUAGCGGCAACGAGAUGAUCGAGAUCAAACCCCUUCUCGUAUCGAUGUUCAUAUUUGUUUGUCCUUCUUUGGUUCUUAUUAGGUGCAGGGGCUCGCCAUCCCCCUUAUUAUGAAAGAGUGUUCGUUUAUACUUA